GAAAUCGCCAUUUUUUGUGUUUAGAAAGUUAGAAAACUUUUGUAAAGUGCAUAAUUAGUUCAUAAAUAUUCAGGAAAUAUUGUACUGUGAACAACAUUUCAGCUGUCGGGCAUCCAGCCUAUCGAUGGCAGCAAGAAUCCAUAGUUUGUACAGCUUGUCCAAUCUACAGUGUUUAAGUUUCUUACUCUGACUUGAGACAUGAUGGAGGUUGUCGUCAUAGUAGCGAUUGGUGUGUUGGCUGCCAUCUUCCUCGCCUCGGUUGUCGCUCUGUUUUUCGUCUGUCGUCAGAAAUAUUGUCGACAUGUUGAUCUCAUCACGGCUCAGCACAAAGAAACAAGACCUGACGUCCAGUUGAUCACGUCUGACCAGGGUCCGCAGACAGUGACUGGUGUGGAGCUGGAUGACGUGCAGUUUACCAACCCAAACAUGGAGGAGAUUCUGCAGGACGGGAGAUGGGUGGAUGAUGCCACUGGCCUGGUUCCACACUGUAUUUCCAUACUGAAGACUUGUCAUCAGCUGACGGAAAAACUGGUUGGAAUGACGAUGGGCAAUGCUCAGAAUAUUCGCACCCAAGAGACGCUGACCGAUAUCGUGGCGGUGGCCAAGAGGAUUAGUCCGCGGGUGGACGAAGUGGUCAAGUCCAUGUACCCUCCGCUAGACCCAAGAUUGCUGGAGGCCAGGUGUACUGCCCUCGUGCUGUCCGUGAGUCACCUUGUACUUAUCACCAAGAAUGCUUGCCGUCUGUCUGGGGUGCUCGACUGGAUUGAUCAGUCUCUCGCAGAUGUUGAGGAACAUUUACAAGUUCUACGUGAGGCGAGUCUAAACAAUGAGUUUUACCACAAGCUGCAGUCGGAUUGCCAGAGUCCAGUGAUGGAGAACCAGCCAGAGGUCGUGACCCACACCUUGACUCAUGCCAGCAACAUUUCGCAGGUCUAACUGACCGAUUCAUCCACUUCUCAUUCUAACCAAACUCAAAACAUCGUCAUGGAUCGCUUUGCACAUUCUGCUAUUCAUGUAGCACCAAAACAUUGUAGCCAGAAUAGUCAUUUGGUAGAGUUUUGUGUGUAUUGACCAUUCAUUUAUUCAUACAUUCUCCAUAUAGUUAAUUUUAAAUUUCUUAAUUGUUUUAUACGAGAAUUUUAAAAAAGAAUGGCUGAAAAUGUGUUAUAUAGCUUAAGGGAUUUAAAAAAAAAAAAAAAAAUCUGUUUGAAAGUUAAAUGCAAUCAACUUUUGAUAUGAAUUUGGUUUCUUUCUUCAAACAUCCCAUAAAGCUCUUCUUUCUUCAUGUUGGCAGUUCAGGGCUUCUAAAAUGAUUUUAAAAGCACCAUACCAAGGGACAUUUGUAGAUUUGACAUUGGUUAUUGAUAAAGUACUUGCCUGAUAUGAUAACAUUACACAAGUUAAAAAAUCAAACAAAAAACUACAAAAUAUAUUUUUUUAGAAUAAGCAAAAACCUCCCACCUGGAUUGCAGGAUGCAACAGAUGCUUGAUUACAUUUAAAUGCUAAAAUAGAUCACCAUGACUACAACUGGUAAACAAUGCCUGGCGUGUGAUGCACAUCAUCUAAUUAUCAAUUAGCAAGCAACAAGGAAUUUUUUACCAUACGAAAUAACAUGACUGAUUAUAUUAAAAAGUAAUUAUUUUUUAUAUUAUUAAACAUUUUUUUUACAAAACUUAUAAAAAAAUUAUGUUGAUAAAACAAAUCGGUCAACAUUUUUCUGUAAAUCUCUAUAAAGCUUAGAUUUUUUGCAUCAUAAAUAUGAUAAACAUAAUUAGAAACUUGUUGCUUUGCUUGGGUAUUAUUUGUUACAGUAAGCGGGAAAACACCAAGAUGUAACCAAUAUGACACCUGAGCUAUUGUUAGCGACUUGUUUCGAGGGCUACGUACCGAUAUGAUACCUGAGCUAUCGUUCGCAUCUUGUUUCGAGGGCUGUAUGGCUGAUAAUGUGAAUAAGGAGAGCUCAGCAUUAGAGAUGGUACAGUACUGUCUUGGAAAAGGCAAAACAAUUUCAAAUUCACCAUUUUGACAAAAUAAAUUUAGUGAAAUUUGGUAAAAGCUUUAUUAAGCAGUUUAGUGAUUUUGUUUAUCAAGGUCAGUGCCCCAGGAGGAUAUUUCUCUGGUAUGUAGCUGUAUUAUUUUGAUGGUUAUUUUAAAAUAUCACAAUUCAUACAUUAAGUCAUUUUGUAAGUGAUAAUUGCUACGACCAGGAAAUAGUGACUCUUAACGACCUGUGACAGCUGAUUCAGGCAAUGACUGGAGUUGGUCUACUUCAGUUAUAGAGAUAAUGACCAUACAUUAAUCUUGAUAUGCUACAGCCAGUACAGUGAUUCUAAUGGUGAUUUCUACUACAACAGCUGGUAGAGAUAGUGAUUGUAAUGUUGAUCUACUACAACAGCUGGUAGAGAUAGUGAUUGUAAUGUUGAUCUACUACAACAGCUUGUAGAGAUAGUGAUUGUAAUGUUGAUCUACUACAACAGCUAGUAGAGAUAUUGAUUGUAAUGUCGAUAUACUACAACAGCUAGUAGAGAUAGUGAUUGUAAUGUUGAUCUACUACAACAGCUGGUAGAGAUAGUGAUUCUAAGGGUGAUUUCUACUACAACAGCUGGUAGAGAUAAUGAUUGUAAUGUUGAUCUACUACAACAGCUAGUAGAGAUAGUGAUUCUAAUGGUGAUUUCUACUACAACAGCUGGUAGAGAUAAUGAUUGUAAUGUUGAUCUACCACAACAGCUGGUAGAGAUAAUGAUUGUAAUGUUGAUCUAUUACAACAGCUGGUAGAUGGUGUUGUAAUGUUGAUCUACUACAACAACUGGUAGAGAUGGUGAUUGGAAUGUUGAUCUACUACAACCACAACCAGAUAAUGAUUGUUAUGUUGAUCUACUUCAACUAUUGUAAUGUAGAUGGUGGUGGUUUGUUGCUGAACGAAUGCUAUGCAGCUAGCAACUAGCGUUAACAGUGCCUUUGUUUUUAAUGUGUCAUAUAUUUGUACAUUGUUCCAAGUACUUAACGUUACUUUAAUUCAUGGCUAUUGUAAUUUUCAACUUGUUGAUGUCUUGUUAAAAGAAAUUUCAUUUCAAGGAUGCAAAUCCAAAAAAUAUUUUUAACUCCAUGUAUUUAUAGAAUAUUUUAUGACAAUUGAGGCAUUUUUUAUUUUGAGAUGCUGUUUCAUCUAUGCAAUACUGUAUUCAGAGGGUAAACUUUUGUCAAAUCACAUAUUUUACCAUAUCUAUAAUGUUUAUGCUGGUUGGCUUUUGCCGUAUAACUUUAAUAUUCAUGAUCAAAUGUCAACGUGUGGACAAAUGAAUGUAUUUUAUUUACUUCAAAACAUUUAUUUUGUCCAUUCAAGUGUACUUAAUAUGCCAUAAUGUUAUACAGAAGUGGGUGCAUUUCCAAAUACAUUCUGUGUGGUUAUUUCACUUGAAAUAGCUUUUACAUAUCUCCUAGAUUUUAGUGUAUUGUUUUAAAUAACUUAGUAACAGUUCUUCAAAUUUAUGUUUAAUUAGUUAAUAUACAAGAACAGUGUCUGCCAUAGUAUAAAAUGAUGCUUUAAUUUUAAUUACUGUGGCUAAUGUCUUGUUUAAAUAAUGUUACUUGUUAGUAAAAUAUGUUAAAUAGACUAUUUUUUUAACAUUAAAAAGAUAUUUUAUUUACAUCUGUCUGUCUGAGCUUAAAAACAAAGUAUAAAGAUACCCGAGACGAGAUUAAGUUGUUUAAUUUUCUUCUGCGUAGCAUACAUUUUAAUAUUGUACACUACUAUGCAGUUCAUAAUUUUGAUAUUUAUGCAGUCAUAUUUAAUUCUGUACAUAAAUAUAUACUCAUUUCAUUCUCAAAAAUGUGCACAUUUCUACAGCGAGAUUUAUUAUUUGAUUCAUAACACUUCUUUGCCUUUUGUCAGUAGAACAUUUUCUGAAGUGAACACGAGUGGUAUUAAUGGAAUUUAUGAUGAUCAAACUUUGUUACGUUUUGUCUCGCCUUUACAAAGUAAAAACGUGAGCUUAUACAUGUUGGUAUUACGGUACUUUUCCAAUGGUGGCAACAGUGACAUCAACUUUUAUGUUAAGGUUUUGCAUUUAGAUUCAUUUCUCUCAAAUUACAAGUCCUAGAUCAGUUGUGACUAUGCAUGUUCAAACAGUGUAUCAAAUUUGUUUUAUGGUAGGUGAGACAUUAACUCCUGCAGAAUUCUUGUUAAUAAAGCAUUCAUUUGCAGCAGUGUACGUUUUUGAAAUUGUAUUAUGCAAGUUUGCUGUACUCGUGUAAACUAACGAAAAGAUUGUGCUAUAAACAUUUAGUGAAAUCUUGUCAUACAGUAUUUAACAUUGGUAAAAAAACAACAACAAAAACAACAAACAAUUAAACAAUAAAAAUUGUGGUAAGUUAUUAGGUGAAACUUAGCAGGUUUUUAGUUAAAAUAUGGAUAGUAUUUACCGGUAAAGUCAGAUUUUUCUUCAACAGAUGAUAGGUGUGAGAUACUAGUGUGUAUAUAAACUAGUAGUUUAUAGUAUAUACUUCUUAAUGUUCGUUAUAUUUAUUACCAUGGUGUAACAUGUUUAUGUAAUACUUGUGCUGUAACAUUUUCUGUACUUAUCUUAAUAGAAUUUGAGGCUUUAAGUGAUAAUAGAAUCUUGUGCAUGAAGUAAUUUCAAAAUAAGUUUUGAAACCAAUGCUAAAUCUUGACUAUGAUUAUAGCCAUCUUAAUAACCUACUGAGAUGCUGUUGAUCCUGAAAUUAAUGCAGUCAUAAUAUUUUUGAAAAAAAAGUUAAUAAUAAAUUUACUUGUUACUUCUAAUUUUCGUUUUUAUUAGAUCAUUGAAACAAAACAAAAAAAACAAAAAUUAAUAUACUAGUACAUUUUGUAUUUAAAAAAAAUUAAUAAUCAUGGUUUCAUCAUUUAAUGAAGUACAUGUAUUAUGCAAGCAAUUUUGAAUACAAAAUUUUGUGAUAGGGGAAUGUCCACCCACUGUUGAGUUCACCCCUGAUUUUUGCCUAUCAGGCUAAAUAUACGUAAAGCAAAAAUGACCAAAAUGUCCGGCCAUCUGUUGCUGUUGGCACAAGAAUUACAGGUCUAUCUGUUUGCUCUGGAUCAACAUAUUAAGUAUUAAGCUGCUGCUGUUGGGCAUUUGAAUGUCAAUUUGCUGGUAAAAACAUGAAAAAAAUUACUAAACAAAAGCUGACGUUGAACAAUAAAUAUUAAGAGAGGUACUGGUAGGUUAGUUUUCACUAAUGUACAUAGAAAAUAGAAUGUGAGCGAGUGACCUGGUUAAUGUCUCAUGUCAUAUUUAGCAGUAUUACCCCAUUACGAGAUACUACUCAUGUUUCACCUUUAUGAGAUACUACUCAUUUUUCACCUUCAUGAGAUACUACUCAUGUUUCACCUUCAUGAGAUACUACUCAUGUUUCACCUUCAUGAGAUACUACUCAUGUUUCACCUUUACGAGAUACUACUCAUGUUUCACCUUUACGAGAUACUACUCAUGAUGUUUUUAUGUUUAGUUAUGUAACUUAGAGAAGAUGUACAUUUCAUUGUGGAGAUUAUAUAUUAGAUUAAUAAGUAUUAAUCUUUAAAAACACAGUCCUGAGGUAGCUGUCAUCGUAACUUACAGAGACUUUUUAACAAUUAAAAAGUUUUAAGGUUUGUUUUGUUUAUCGACAUCACUAAAGCACAUUGAUUUAUUAAUCAUCGGCUAUUGGAUGUUAAACAUUUGGUUAUUCUGACAUAUAAU